AUGCAACGUGUCAUACCAAAACAGAUCUUAGGUUUUGUACGCCAUUACUUUUCACAAAAACGAUUCCACUAUAUUGAACUAAUUGAAGAUUUACCAUCAAGUUUAGCUUGUCGAGCAGGACUAAAAAACUAUGAUCGAGUUAUCUUUUUAAAUGGUGUCAAUAUCGAAAAUGAUACUUAUGAACAGUUAUGGUAUCGCUUUGAUACAGCACGGCAUCUUCCAGUUCAAAUGCUUGUCUGUAGCCCAGCUACAUACGAAUAUUAUACAACUAAUAAAAAACAAUUUCAUCUUGAUCUUACAACUAUUCAACAUUUAAAGCCAGUAUAUGCAACAUCAACAUCUGAUUCUCAUACAGAUAUACCAGCAGUUUCUGUUGACAAGAAAAGUUUUUAUGCUGUCCGAUGGGAAAAUAGUGGCAUUGUUUCAACGGUAUCUCAAUCAGCCGUUUUUAAGUCACCUGAAUAUACUCAUGUAAAUGAUGUCUGUUUUAUCGAAACAAUAGGACAAUAUCGAAAGGGACAAAUUAUUUUUAAAGGUCUGUUAUUAUGA